CCGACCGGGCUUAAUUCGGUGACCGGCUUAGUUUCUGUUCAUUCAUUUCGAAAUCCCAUGCCAGCCUGCGUUCGAGACACUGUGUCUUCGAGACGAGCGCAACUCGAUAUGUCGCCAUGCCGUGCGGGAAUCGGUCUUCUCGCGUCAGGGACGACUCCACCGCGGCAUGUGUCGUAAGCAGCGCGAGUGCCGUGCUACCGGGGAGAUCGGAAGAAAGGUGUAGCAACAUUUUACAUCUUCUGGGCGCUUCGACGUAGGGACAUCACUUGCGUUCAUGGACGCUCAGUGUGCGAGGGCAGCUUUACCCAGGCGAAAUGGCCGCAUAGAGGCAAUAGGACGAUCCUAGGCUCCUCCAAGCCAGUUGCCAGCGGAUUUCACGCGUCUGAGUCAGGCGUUUCUGCCUGAUUGGUUCGACGACUCGGAGUGUGAUUUGCAGCAGGAGCCGCAUCGGAAUGACACACACGUUGGACCGGGAACCGAAAAAGGAAAACGGGGCGUGGAAUGUUCCUGUUUUCUUCCUGCCAGUGGUUUGGAACGUCUCCGAGUUGCAAGUGCCAGACGUGCAUCGCAUGGAAGACUCCGAAAUGACUAAACCUUGGGUGUUUCUUUCCAGAUCAUUAUAUGUGUAUCUGGCUUCUUUUCGCGCUCGGCGGCACGAAUUUCAUAUUCGGACAUCCCAACAUUCCUGUCUCGAUCCCACGUUUUCGGCAGUAUGCUUGCGUUGGAAACUAAAUUGCGAGAGGCUCCAUGUUAGGAUCUCGAGUCACGCUCUUCGGGCCGCCAUGCGGGGG